AGUCCUGUAUUCCCCUCGUUGCUGCCUGGUGUCCUCAUCACCUCAUUACCUUUAGUGUCUGUAGUCUGUGGUCAUCUCCUGUACUAUGUCCGCAGUCUCUGGCCAUCUCCUGUACUAUGUCCGCAGUCUCUGGUCAUUUCCUGUACUAUGUCCACAGUCUUUGUUCAUCUCCCGCAGUAUGUCUGCAGUCUUUGGUCAUCUCCUGUACUAUGUCCGCAGUCUCUGGUCAUUUCCUGUACUGUCCACAGUCUUUGGUCAUCUCCCGCAGUAUGUCUGCAGUUUCUGGUCAUCUCCUGUACUAUGUCCGCAGUCUCUGGUCAUCUCCUGUACUAUGUCUGCAGUCUCUGGUCAUCUCCUGUACUAUGUCUGCAGUCUCUGGUCAUCUCCUGUACUAUGUCCGCAGUCUCUGGUCAUCUCCUGUACUAUGUCUGCAGUCUCUGGUCAUCUCCUGUACUAUGUUUGCAGUCUCUGGUCAUCUCCUGUACUAUGUCCACAGUUUCUGGUCAUCUCCUGUACUAUGUCCGCAGUCUCUGGUCAUCUCCCUCAGUACUAUGUCUGCAGUCUCUGGUCAUCUCCU